CACGCGCCAAACACUUUUUAACCCUUUUAUCUUUUUAAUUUUCCUGGGAAACAAACACACACUUCAAAGACAAAAUCCGUACAUUCCAUCGAUUUCCUAUACUCUCACUCUUCUUCCUGACCAAUUCUCCUAAAGAUCCUAUUUUUCCCGAUUCAGAUCUCAUCGCGCUUGCCUCACUGAGUUCGGAUCUCCAUACAAUGAGUCGCUACGAGUCCAAUCCUUUCGACGAAGAAGAGGUCAAUCCGUUCGCGGAUUCGGCAGGUAGAGGGAAAGGCUCAGGGCAAUCAAACUAUGGCGGAGGUGCUUUUUAUAUGACAAAUCCCGGAAGUGUUCCUCCUGCUACCUCAAGGCUUUCACCACUGCCUCCUGAACCUUAUGAUCGUGGUGCUACAAUUGAUAUUCCUCUUGAUAAUGGAAAGGAUUUGAAAACAAAGGAGAAGGAGCUCCAGGCUAAAGAGGCCGAGUUGAAAAGGAGGGAACAGGAAAUAAGACGGAGGGAAGAUGCUGUAGCAAGAGCUGGAGUUGUUAUAGAGGAGAAAAAUUGGCCCCCAUUUUGUCCUCUCAUCCAUCAUGACAUUGCAAAUGAAAUACCUAUCCAUCUACAAAGAAUUCAGUAUGUUGCUUUUACGACAUAUUUGGGUUUGAUUGUGUGUCUUUUGUGGAAUAUCGUGGCCAUUACCACAGCCUGGAUCAAAGGAGAAGGCCCGACAAUUUGGUUUCUAGCUAUCAUCUACUUCAUAUCAGGGGUUCCUGGAGCAUAUGUGUUGUGGUAUCGCCCUCUUUAUCGUGCGAUGAGGACCGAUAGUGCUCUGAAGUUUGGGUGGUUUUUCUUGUCUUAUGUGAUACACAUUGGCUUUUGCAUCUUUGCUGCCGUUGCUCCUCCCAUUAUUUUCAAGGGAAAAUCUCUCACAGGUAUUUUGCCCGCAAUUGAUGUGUUGAGUGAUCAUGCUUUGGUUGGGAUAUUCUACUUGAUUGGAUUUGCAUUCUUCUGCCUAGAAUCAGUGCUCAGUAUCUGGGUUAUUCAGCAAGUAUACAUGUAUUUCCGAGGCAGCGGCAAGGCUGCUGAGAUGAAGCGUGAGGCGGCAAGAGGGACCAUGAUGGCGGCACUAUGACAUGGCACAAAUUGAACGGAGAUGGUAAUUUGUGAAUGGAUUUCACCCGAUUUGCCGGAAGAGUUUAUUUCUUCACUCAAAUUCAUUCCCCUCACCAUUUUUUACAGUUAUACCUCCUGAUGUGUUUCUUUUUGUAUUUUGUUACUAAAAUGACGAAUCUAGAAUUGGCUCAAACACAUUUUACUAUUGUCUUUUGGGUCGAAUCGGAUUAGAUAUCACGAUCUCUCGCACACCACUCGGUAAUUAAGUCCAUUUACUUUUGAUUUGUGAAA